AUGGAUGCGAGGCUUAAAAGCUGCACAUCUAAUAAAUCUAGGUCUCAACUCAAAUCCUUCAGGUCUCAUGAAGCCGUUCUUAACAAUGAGGAUUUGUUAACAUUGAUCCUGUUUCGUGUGCCUUGGACACAACUCAAGGUAUUGAAGUGUGUUUCAAGACAAUGGCAUUCACUCAUCACCACUUCGCUGCCUCCUCUCCGUGCCUCUGGUCUCUUCUGUAAAGGCCACUUAGGUUUUGAUAAACUCUAUUUCGUUCCUCUAGAUGAUCCAAACUUUGCUUCCCCACUCAGAGCUCGGACUUUUAAUCUUGAUCAUGAAAAAAUUCUGUUUUUGCACUCCUGCAAUGGCCUUUUAUUGUGCUCUGCUGGUUUCCCCGACUCUUACAAUCCACGUAACUGUAACUGGUAUGUGUACAAUCCUUCUACCAAUCAGUUAGCUGCGCUUCCUAAACAUCCUGACAAUGUGUAUUUCAUGGAUCAUAUUGGCUUGGCUUUUGAACCUUCGAAAUCACCUCACUACAAAGUCAUUGCUUUUAUUAUGACAACAAGAGGAAAUUUAUUUGGUGACUUUCAUAUUUACUCCUCUGAAACAGGGACUUGGAGGGUCUCUGUACAGUCCUUUUCCACGAGGGGAAUGCACUUCAAGCAUGGUGUCUAUUGGAAUGGGUCUAUACACUGGUUAAGUAGAUUAGAGUCCCCGUUACAUUCAAAAUCUUCUCUUUCUGAAUGUUUGUACUUUAAUGUGGAUCAAGGAAGGCUGGGAACCUUUCCAAGGCCUCCUAUUCACCUGAGGUCAAGGACAGAAAGGACAGUGUAUUUUGGAGAAUCAGAAGACCAUUUGCAUGUUACUGAGGUUCGUGUUGGUGACACUUCACUCAGUGUGUAUGAGAUGAAGAGUGAUUACUCCGAGUGGUUUGUCAAGUACCAAAUUGAUCUUGAUCCAAUUUUCAAAGUUUUCCCUCAGCGGCGGGCUAGAUCAUUUUACAAGGCUACUUCUGAUGAUAAAAUCGCUUAUGAAUUUAAUGUGCUCUCACUUAUCAGGAGAGAAAAUUUCCGGGAGGAUUCAUUCUUGGUUUUGGAAAUACAUGGUCAAGUUAUACGCUACAAUCUCAUCAAUAGAAGCUUUAAACUGGUACGGGACCUUGGUGUAUGCUUGAGAGCAACUGUUAGUUAUUGGCCCUUUACAACUAUUCAUGUUUGGCCGUACAUUGAAUUUCUAUAG